GGAUCUUCCCAUUUUCAGUAAGGAAUAUGUAUUUCUGAUAAGCUAAUGAAUAUUGUGUUUAUCAGCUAACUCGGCUAAAGACAGUCUGUCGCGUGUCGCUGACGCCACACCUUUGACAUUGGCAUGGAGCGUGAUAGAAGGUUGGCACAGUACUCGCUGUAGGUAUGGCUCUCCCCCAGCUUUCAAGAUCCCUUACUGGACUCUUCGUAGACGCAUCGUCCAUAAUUCAUCCGAGGACGUUUAGUCUGUCGACUGUUGCUGCAGCUGUUCAAAAAAUGACAAGAGUCCGUGUAGUGGACAACAGCAGUCUUGGAAAUACCCCAUAUCACCGAUCGCCAAGAGUGAUCCAUGUCUACACCAAGAAUGGCGUAGGGAAAGUUGGUGACACAGUGUUGCUUGCCAUCAAAGGACAGAAGAAGAAAGCGCUAAUCGUUGGACAAAAAAUGCCUGGAGAACGCAUGAGUCCACGCUUUGAUUCGAACAAUGUCGUUCUGAUCGAGGAAAAUGGGAACCCUACAGGUACAAGGAUUAAGGUUCCUAUGCCCACACAUCUACGGAAACUGGAGGGAGACUACUCUAAAGUGUUAGCAAUUGCUAGUUCAUUUGUUUGAUAACUCCAUCAUUCAGCUGUGAUUUUUUUGAAAUACACAUACUCUGUAUGUUUGACAUCUGCUGGGGUGUAUAUGAACAUUUUAUGCUUCUUUAUAUUUGCUUUUUUCUUCAGUAAACUUUAAAAGAAGCAUAUAUGUCCUUACAGUAUCCUAUCGUUACUUAAUAUAUGUAAAAGACUCAAGUCUUUGUCAACAUGUUUGACUUUUGCUGAGGCGUCUCUAUGCUUACAAUAAAUAUAACCUUUACUGUGAA